CAAAAUUGGAAGAAAAUGACGCCACCAAUCUGAAUUGUAAAAAGAACGGCACUAGAGCUUGCUAAUGUGCGCCGCCGCCGUGUCCGCAACGCGCCAUCCUCCAUGGCCAGAGAACUCCAUUACAGCUCAAAGAAAUCCGGCGCUUCCACUUCUUCAAUCGCUCCUCGCCUCCUCAUCUCUCUCCUCUGCCUCGCCUCUCUCCUCCUCUGCUUCUCUCUCUUCCGAAACGACGUCGCAUCGCCGUCGCUAACCUACUCGGCGGCGCCCGAGAAGAUCAACGGCAACUGCAACCACUCCGAUGGGAGGUGGAUCUACGAUCACUCGGUCCGAUCUCCGCCGCGGUACGACCAAACAUGCAAGGAGAUAUUCAAGGGGUGGAAUUGCAUCGCCGGCAACAAAUCCAACGCAAUUGAUAUCCUCAAGUGGCGCUGGAAACCCUACGGCUGCAAUCUCGCGCCGUUUGAGCCGCUGCAGUUCCUGGAGAAUUUUCGAGAUACCAAUAUUGGAUUUGUUGGGGAUUCAUUGAAUAGGAACAUGUUUGUUUCACUUUUUUGCACUUUGAAACAAUUCUCGGCGGAGGUGAAAAAAUGGCGUCCUGUCGGAGCUGAUCGUGGCUUUACGUUUGUUAAGUACAACCUUACCAUUGCGUACCAUCGAACGAAUCUUCUGGCUCGUUAUGGUAGGUGGUCAGCCAGUAGUAGUGGUGGUAUGUUGGAGUCGCUUGGUUAUAAGGAGGGCUAUAGAAUUGACGUUGAUUUACCAGACGGAACUUGGGCAGAAGCUCCAAGUUUCCACGACAUACUCGUAUUUAAUACAGGACACUGGUGGUGGGCUCCUUCAAAGUUUGAUCCAGUGAAAUCGCCUAUGCUUUUCUUUGAGAAAGGUGUACCUGUGACUCCUCCAAUCGCACCUGAUGCUGGCCUUGAUAAGGUCUUAACGCACAUGGUGUCGUACGUGCAAAAGAUUGCACGGCCCAAUGCAAUUCUGUUCUUCCGAACACAAUCGCCUAGGCAUUUUGAAGGAGGCGAUUGGGACCAAGGUGGUUCUUGUCCUCGUUUACAGCCUCUGGUCCCACAAGAAGUCGAACAAUUUUUCUCUGUUGAGAAAAAUGGUACAAAUGUGGAGACACGACUUGUAAACCAGCACCUAGAAAAGGCUCUGAGAGGUUCGAAUUUCAAAAUACUGGACAUAACUCACUUGAGCGAGUUCAGAGCUGAUGCCCACCCAUCGACAGCUGGCGGUAAACGACACGAUGAUUGUAUGCAUUGGUGCUUACCUGGACUUACCGAUACUUGGAAUGACUUGUUCAUAGCACAUUUAAACGGCAUUAAACUUCGGAAUUAAAGAAACAUUUUUUUUCAUUAUUAGUUCUAUUAUAUACUUUCUCAUGUUUGGAAGCAUAGCCACUAUUAGUUACAUCGGAGCACUUCGAAGUUUUGCACGUGUCGUGAACUAGUCAUGUAAACAUUCACAAAAAAAGAUAAAAAUUCGAUUUUCGAUUUU